AUAUCAUGUUCAGCCUUAUCUUAGCCCUAUGUUUACUGCCUGCUUCUCGAGUCUGGACUACUACUACCACUACUACUACUACAUGCAAUACCAUCCGCGUGCGUACCCAUACAUGCGCGCUGUACGUGCCACCCCAUGGCAUAAAACAACAUAACACAUUCACACAUCGAAACCGAUUGGAUCUUCCGGCUCACUUCCCCACUCCCGCCUCUUUCCAACGAUUAAAACAAACGUAUCGGACCCAAGACAGACUGAUAGAUUAAGCUCGGUUGGACAGAUGAAAUAGGGCUGGCCGCGCCGCAAGGCUACGGUAAAUACUACUCAUUACCAACAAACACCCCGGCCUUAUUUAUGUUAGAGGUACGUAC